AUGAACCGUAGCCGCCAGGUGACGUGCGUGUCCUGGGUCCGCUGUGGCGUGGCCAAAGAGACGCCAGACAAGGUAGAGCUGAGUAAAGAAGAAGUAAAACGCCUCAUUGCUGAAGCAAAAGAAAAAUUACAAGAAGAAGGUGGCAGUGAUGAAGAGGAGACAGGUGAUCCUUCAGAAGAUAGCAUGCGGAGUGCUCGCACCCAGGCACGACCCAGGGAGCCGCUGGAGGAUGGUGACCCAGAGGAUGACAGGACACUAGGUGAUGAUGAGCUGGCUGAGUACGACUUGGACAGAUACGAUGAGGAUGGCGACCCAGGAAACUAUAUUGCUGUGGGAAACAUGACCCCGGUUAUUGAAGUGUGGGACCUUGAUAUAGUGGACUCUUUAGAACCAGUCUUCACUCUUGGAAGUAAGCUAUCUAAAAAGAAGAAGAAGAAAGGAAAGAAGAUGGCAGUCAAAUCUCUUCUCUGCCUAAAUGUGCUGGCAAGUGCAUCUGCUGACAACACUGUAAUUCUGUGGGACAUGUCCUUGGGGAUACCAGCAGCCAGCCUGGUUGUACAUACAGACAAGGUCCAGACUCUGCAGUUUCAUCCAUUUGAAGCACAGACCCUGAUUUCUGGAUCAUAUGAUAAGUCAGUGGCUUUGUAUGACUGCCGAAGUCCAGAUGAAAGCCAUCGGAUGUGGCGAUUCAGUGGGCAGAUUGAGAGGGUGACUUGGAAUCACUUUUCGCCUUGUCAUUUUUUGGCCAGUACAGAUGACGGCUUUGUAUAUAAUUUGGAUGCACGUUCGGAUAAGCCUAUUUUUACACUUAAUGCACACAAUGAUGAAAUCUCUGGUCUUGAUCUAAGCAGUCAAAUCAAGGGCUGUCUUGUGACUGCGUCAGCAGACAAGUAUGUGAAGAUUUGGGACAUAUUAGGAGACAGGCCAAGUCUAGUUCACUCCAGGGACAUGAAAAUGGGUGUCCUCUUUUGUUCUUCAUGUUGCCCUGAUCUGCCAUUUAUUUAUGCCUUUGGAGGUCAGAAAGAAGGGCUCCGGGUCUGGGACAUCAGUUCAGUCUCUUCAGUAAACGAAGCGUUUGGAAGACGAGAGAGGCUUGUUCUUGGUAAUGUGAGAAGCUCAUCCAUUAGUGGCCCCUUUGGGAGCAGGAGCUCAGACACACCAAUGGAGUCUUAA